AUGACAAAGCUAAGCAGAAAAGAAAAGGGAACACCACGACGACGACGAGGAAGAAGGAGCAGGAGCCGGGAAGAAAGAGACGUGGAAACGGACCAUCAGGUUGGACCGCAGCUACCACUACCACACCAGAUUGGACCCCUUCGGCCUCCUAAUCCACCCCCCCUCCGUCCGUUUAAUCUUCCCUCGUCUCCGGUCCAAGUUCCAGCACAAAAGGAAGCCAAGCCGCUCGAGUCCUCCUCCUCCCCCUCGCCGCGGUUCCGGCCUCAAACCCCGCCCUUUAGAUUACCUGCGGCGUCUUCUUGGGUACGCGUCAAGAAUCCUGCUGCUCUAGCGGAGGCGGAGGAGGUUCUUGCCGGAGGAGUGCGUGAAGGCUCCUCGGACGGGGAAGGCAAGAAGGUGGAUCCCCGGUGCCCCAACGCGGCCAACCCGUUCCACGUCUGCACCAACCACUGCCUCGCCAAGAUGGUCGAGGGCGGCCGCUCGUCGGAGGGUGGCAAAUCCCCCAUUUCCCUCUUCUCCCGCCACUCCGGCCGCUCCACCUCCUCCUCGGAAGAUGGCAGCGUCAAGUCCGGGGGCAGCAAGAAGGCGGAUCCAAAGUGCCCGAAUGCCGGCAACCCUUUUCAUGAAUGUGGAGAGCAUUGUACCGUCAAGAUGAAGGAACUGGAGAAGCAGAAGAAAGCCGAUAAGAAGUCGCCGCGCAAGAAAGGUGGGAAGGAUGGCGCCGUGGUGCAAAAUUGGAAGGUCGAUCCGAGGUGCCCAAAUGCGGGCAACCCAUUCCAUAUAUGCGCCCAGUACUGUUUCGAUCAUUUGAACGAAGCGCCAUCAACACCUACAAGCAAGCCAGACUCAAGAAAGGGAAAGGCUGUCAUGAAAGCAGAGCCAACGGAAGAAAUCAAUCCUGAUUGUGUCAAUGCAUCCAAUCCGUAUCAUAAAUGUGGAGAAUAUUGCAAAAGAAAUGGCAACAGAUAG